AUGUUAAAAAAUAAAAAAAAUAAAAAUAAUAAUAAUAAUAAUAAUAAUAAUAAUAAUAAUAAUAAUAAUAAUAAUAAUAAUAAUAAUAAUAAUAAUAAUAAUAAUAAUAAUAAUAAUAAUAAUGGGUUAAGAUUGUUUAAAACAUGGACUUGA